AUGCCAUCAAACCAGCUCGGCGCCGUGCAAGGCUCGCAACCUGCCGAAAAACAAGCCGUCGAGAGUUCAGAAUGGCGGUCUUCAGACGACAAAACCCCAGAGGAAGUCACCUGCUUCUUAACGGAAGAGAACGAGGAUGUGGAUGCGGAAGCAACUGCCGAUCAACGCCUCGCGCCAAAGACGUCCCAACUGGAAAAGCGUGAACCCUUCGACCCGGUCCUGUGGUCGUCUAGGAAGAAGUGGACGCACGUCUUGGUGGUAGCAUUCAUCACCUGCGUCACACCCUUGGCUUCUGCAGUCUAUACCCCCGCGUUGGACCAGGUGAUUGGCGACUUCAAGAUCGAGGACAACCCCACGCUAGCGGACCUGACAGUCUCGGCCUACGUCCUCGGCUUCUCCGCCGGACCGCUGCUCCUCGCGCCGCUGAGCGAGACGUUUGGCAAGAAGCCCGUCUAUCAGGUCUGCAAUGUGGUCCUGCUCGCGUGCAACUUGGCCUGCAUGGUCGCGCCGUCGGCCGAGUGGCUCAUUGUCUUCCGGUUUCUGGCGGGAUGUGCCGGCGCGAGCCCGAUUACCCAGGGCACUGGGACAGCGACGGAUGUCAUGACCAAGGAGAAGCGUGCGCGCGCCAUGUCGGUUAUGGCGUUUGGGAGUGUUUGCAGUCCUGCGAUUGGGUCGGCCCUCGGGGGCGCGAUUGCCCAGGCUUGGGGAUGGAGAGGUUGCUUUGGGUUUCUUGCUGUGAUGGGCUUGAUCAGCACUCUCCUGACUUAUCAAUUCAUGUGCGAGACAUAUCUCCCGGUCUUGCGGCGAAAGUACACUGUGUCAGGCAGUCUCGACGACCUCGAGAUGGAAAUGAGCGAAGAGAAAGCCAUUGCCCCGAAGCAAUCUCUCAGAAAGCUGCUCUUAAAGGCCGCGAUCCGGCCGUUCUCUCUCAUUUUGGAGCCGAGCAUCCUGCCGGCUAUCCUGGUAACAUCGUUCUUCUACGGCCUCCAGGUGUGGUUGUACAUUGACGUUCCGAUGACAUAUAAGGCAGUGUACUCCUUCAAUACCGCAGAAGCAGGAUUAGCAUUCGCGGGCAUGGGGGUUGGCAUGUUCACCGGCCUUCUCAUCUUUGGGUUCCUCACCGACGUCGUCGUGAAGAGGUUAGCACGCGGCGGUGAAAGGCUGCCCGAGCACCGGCUCCCACUUCUCAACCUGGCAGCCAUCCUUGUCGUGGUCGGUCUGAUCAUCUACAACUUGGCUGCGAGGCCCGGGGUGUCCUACUUGGUGCCCCUGCUUGGAAACUACCUUAUUGGCAGUGGAUUGUUUGCCAUCACUAUGACUUCGGCUGUGUACAUCAUCGACCUGUCACCGCAGCACGCUGUUGCGUCGAGCGCGUCGCUUGCACUUUUACGAUACCCCUCUGGAGCGUUGUUUCCCCUUUUAGAACAUGCUUUUGAAUCUCUCACCAGCAACAGUAGCGCCAAGUGGCUCAUCACGGCCGCGUCUGUCUCCACCAUCCCACUUGUGGUUUGGCUCCAGUACAACUGCGAGCGAUUCCGGCUUAAACACCAUUUCGACCCUUUGAACCAACUUCGCGAUACCGAUACCUAUCGCCCGAUAAGAAGUCGCACGCGACCCUCUGCCACCAUACCGCCCCCAGCAGAUCUCCGCCUUCGGGAACGGGGAGGGAGCUCCACCAAGAGUAGCAGCAACUCCACCGUUGCUCAGGCUGAGAGCUACGAGCUUGCCGACUACAAAAACAUCUCCGCUCAGAAGGCCGCAAAGGACCUCGAAGCCCGACGAGAAGAGAAAAAACUUUGGAAGAGAAGGUGGCUCGACGAGCAGGACGAUAUGAAGUUCUCACACAGCAUCCAGUUUAAUGCUGUUCCGGACUGGAGCAGUCAUUACAUUGCCUACAGCAACCUAAAGAAGCUUAUCUACCAACUCGAGAAGACAGUCCACCAAACCUCCUCAGGCGACGCCGAAUCAAGACCUCUUAUCCGAAACGAAGAACCCGAAGAUGUCUUUAGCCGUGCGCUCGGUGUAGAAUUGGAGAAGAUUUGCUCCUUCUACGUGUCCAAAGAGGGCGAACUUCUCGACGAGGUCAAUCAAUUAUUGGGAGAUGUUGGCAACCACUCUUCAGAGGACGACGAAAAUGAUGGCGAACCCAGACGUUCAUUCGGCAGCGCCUCUCGGCCGGGACUUUCGGUCAACGGCAGGAGAACUUCCGUCUCGAUCGAUGGCAACAUGGAGGAUAGUGACGAUGACGAGGACGAUGAUGAAACCACCGGCCUGACGAAGAGUCGCUCAAGCCUUGGCGGUGGCAGACGCAAGACUGCCCCGAAUCUGGGGCACUCGGUCACUGAUAUGACUGCUUCAACUGAUCUGACGCUGGGAAGAUCGCUGCGGCGGUACAGCACGGCGAACGACGAGAUCCCAGACCAGACCUUCCUCUACUCUUCGGGUAUCAUGCUCAAGAAGCGCAUCAUCAGCCUCUACGUCUCGCUCUGCGAGCUCAAGUCGUAUGUGCAACUAAACCGGACGGGUUUCAGAAAGGUCUUGAAGAAAUUCGACAAGAUUCUCGACAAGGAGUUGCGGGUCAAGUACAUGACUGCCAACAUCGACUCCGCAUACCCAUUCAAGUCGGAAAACAUCAAGAGUAUCGAGGAGAACAUCUCCAAGAUGGAAAAGGCGUACGCCGAGAUAGUGACUCAAGGCGACGAGGGACUUGCCAAGCGAGACCUGAGAUCUCACCUCCGCGAACACGUUGUUUGGGAGCGUAACACUGUCUGGCGAGACAUGAUUGGUAUGGAGCGUCGCGCAGAGGCUGCGAGCUUGGGCAGAGGGCUUCUGGGAAGGGAUGGAGCGACGGGAUCCAGGCGGUUGCAGGGCGAUGAUGAGCUUGCCCCAAUCACCAAGGAGGUGGUUACUCCCGUGGGCCGUUUUGUCGUGCCCACGUGGGUUGCCAACACGCCUUUGCUCACUCUCCUGAUCGCUCUCGGCGUUUUCCUCCUUCUCCUUUUCCUUCCCAUCAUGGAGAAGCCCGAGCAACAGAACUGCUUGGCGUUGCUUGUGUUUGUCAGCAUCCUUUGGGCUACCGAGGCCAUUCCGUUGUUCGUUACGUCGCUUAUGAUACCCUUCCUCUGCGUCGUUUUGACUGUCGUUCGCUCUGAAGAAAAGCCCUACAGGAGGCUUGAUGCCAAGGCCACCACGGCCUACAUCUUCUCGGCUAUGUGGACACCCGUCAUCAUGCUUCUGCUCGGUGGAUUCACCCUGGCCGCGGCUCUCUCCAAGUGCAAGAUUGACAAGCGGCUCGCGACUUUUGUCCUUAGCAAGGCCGGAACCACUCCACGCACUGUACUCAUUGCCAACAUGCUCGUGGCGGCAUUUGCCAGCAUGUUGAUCAGCAAUGUCGCCGCACCAGUUCUUUGCUUCUCCAUCAUUGAGCCGAUGUUGCGAACGCUGCCCUCGGAGUCAAACAUGUCCAAGGCUGUCAUCAUGGGAAUUGCGCUCGCCUCCAACAUCGGUGGCAUGCUAUCCCCUAUUGCCUCGCCGCAGAAUGUUGUCGCUAUUGGUAUCAUGAAGCCCGCGCCUACCUGGAUCCAGUGGUUCUUCAUUGUUAUUCCUGUCGGCAUCGUCUCGCUGCUCCUCAUCUGGAUCUUGCUGUUGAUUACGUUCCAACCGAGCAAGGGAACCACCAUUGCUCCGAUCCGCCCUGUGAAGGAAAAGUUCACAGGCAUUCAAUGGUUUGUCUCCAUCGUCACGCUCAUCACCAUUGGCCUGUGGUGCGGUAGCCACCAGAUGGAGUCCAUCUUUGGUGACAUGGGUGUCAUUGCCAUCAUCCCCAUCGUCCUCUUCUUUGGUAUUGGUAUCUUGACCAAGGAGGACUUCAACAAUUUCCCGUGGACCAUCAUCAUCCUGGCUGCCGGAGGUUUGUCUCUGGGCAAAGCCGUCAAGUCAUCUGGUCUUCUGCACACGGUCGCUGGUGUUGUGACCAAGGAGGUCGAGGGUAUGAGUCUCUACGUCGUCCUUGUCGUCUUCUCAGCUCUUAUCCUCGUCAUCGCAACUUUCAUCAGCCACACAGUCGCUGCUCUCAUUAUCCUGCCGUUGGUGUUUGACGUUGGCUCCAACAUGGACGAACCCCACCCGAACCUGUUGGUCAUGGGUGGUGUGUUGAUGUGCAGUGCCGCUAUGGGUCUGCCAACAAGUGGCUUCCCCAACAUGACUGCUAUUAUGAAGGAAGAUCCGACGGGCCAGAGAUACCUCCAAGUGAAACAUUUCAUCAGCAGAGGUGUGCCCAGCAGUGUUCUCACAUUGGUCGUCGUCGUGUCAUUGGGAUAUGGCCUGAUGAGGGUCGCUGGGCUGGACUAA